UUCUCUUCAGGUCGUAUGUCGUCAGCAGCAGUAGUAAUAGGGGUUGGACAUACUCACACCGCCCUGGCUUGUGAAUCACCUGUGCACGGAGACAACGCUACCUGCAGUUUCAGCCAUCACUUCCUGUUUACUCACCUGUUAGUCAGACUGGAGAGACGUAAACAAGGAAUGGCUCCGUUGUGGGGGAAUGUAUUAUGUCGUCUUGUGCUCGUCCUAGUGAUGGGUAUCCCAGGGGUGCUGCUCAUAGAUAUUCGCAUGGACUCAGCAGUGUAUGGCAUUGUAGGAGAGUCAGUCAAGUUAUGGUGUGGCUUCUACUCAACAGUUCCUGCCUCUAAAUUUGUAGCUGUGGACUGGAGAUACCGCCCAGCGGAUGGAGGCCCUGCUGUUACAAUUAUGCAUUAUCAGUCAAAGGCAUACCCAAUUUUGGAUGGACCCUUCAAGGAUCGUAUAACUUGGGAGGGAGAUGUUGGAGGAGGAGAUGUCUCCAUUCGGCUGGAUGACCUGAGGCUUACAGAUAACGGCACGCUGUCUUGUGUGGUGAGAAACCCUCCUGAUGUCCACGGGAAAGUGCCUGAGAUGAAGCUUACAGUCACUCUACAAAGUAUUUCCUUUAAAUUUAAUACAGUCCUCUUGCUGUCUGCAUUGGUGUUGAUACCCUCAGCUUUGGUAUCCAUAAUAUUAUUGGUAAGGAUGAAAAGGGCAAUCAAGAGUCAAAGAUUCAAGAGCAAAAUGUUGAAAAAGUCUCCUAUUGAGGCAUCGCAAGACUGUGUCUAUGAUGAUGGUGUAACUGUUCCCCUUCACCAUACUUCUACAUCGGGUAAACCACCUGGCUGUCUAAUGCGGCUUUGCAUGCGAUGUGCAGAUGAGUCAGAUGACUACUGAGAUACUGAGGAUCUCUAUGUGACUGGAAAUAUAAGGACUAUGAAGGUGUUGUACAAAAUGGUGCAGAGAAAUACUUGAACUUGGAUUUACUCGGACUGAUCUGAUCAAUAGUUUU